CCGGAAUGCGCUAGCAGCUUGGCGGGUGAGGUCACCUCCUUUCGCCUCGUCAGUCUCCUCCCGCAGGCGCCGCAGUGACAGCUGAGCCGGCGAUUCCUGGUCGCUCACUGCUUAGCUGGCCGGCUCCAGGAGCGUCUCUUGGCCGUCGAGGCUGCGGGCGCUGCUCAACGCGCCCAUCCCGGAGGAAGGCGGCCUUGGGAGCUGCGGGAAACGGCCGCCAUGGCGGAUGACUUCGGCUUCUUCUCCUCCUCGGAAAGCGGAGCAGCCGAGGCCGCCGAAGAGGACCCGGCCGCUGCCUUCCUGGCUCAGCAGGAGAACGAGAUUGCGGGGAUUGAGAACGACGAGGGCAUCAGCUGCGCCGAAGGGGCCGCGAGGGGCAGCCAGGAAGCCGCCGGGGAGCCUCGCGCUAAUUUUGAAAACACAGGAGGAGCUACUGUGAACGGUGAUGUCUUUCAGGAAUCAGAUGGACCUACAGAUGCCUAUGCAGCCAUUGCCAGAGCUGACCGGUUGACGCAGGAGCCUGAGAGCAUUCGCAAAUGGCGAGAGGAACAGAAAAAGAGACUGCAAGAGCUGGAUGCUGCUUCUAAGGUGUUAGAACAGGAAUGGCGUGAAAAGGCUAAGAAGGACUUGGAGGAAUGGAAUGUAAGGCAGAAUGAACAAAUGGAGAGGAACCAGGCCAAUAACAGGAUUGCUGACAAAGCCUUUUACCAGCAGCCAGAUGCAGAUGUGAUUGGCUAUGUAGCCUCAGAGGAAGCCUUCCUGAAGGAGUCCAAGGAAGAGACGACUGGCACUGAAUGGGAGAAAGUGGCCCAACUCUGUGACUUCAAUCCCAAGAGCAGCAAGCAGUCCAAGGAUGUCUCACGCAUGCGCUCAGUGUUGAUCUCCCUCAAACAGAUCCCUCUGGCCCGCUAGCCUGGCCGAAAAGAGGCCGGGGCUGGAGUGUGGGUGCUAGUGGCUCUUUUGCCGGCCGGUUUAGCAGCAGCACCACAGGCUUAGAAGGCCACCAGAAUGGGGGAACAAAAGCAUCCCCCCGCCUCUUCCCCUCUUCUCAGUAUGUUCCUGUCACUUAGAUUGGGUGGCUGCCUGUAUCCCUUUGAAUUUACUUUGCUUAAAGGGUGCACUGAUAUCUUUUUACACAUAUUUAUUAAUGGUGUGGUCCUUGGGCAACUGCCCUUUUCCCUGCUGCCUUCAGGAAAGGUCACCUUCGAUACUGGGUCAUCCACAGUUUCCCAGUCCCCUGGUUUUGCCGCUAUCUUCUCCCCUCAGACCUGGCUGGUUUAAUAGGUUAAACAUCAUUCCGCUCCCUAGUCAUUUGUACUAGACCUAGGAGGCAGUGCUAAAACUGAGCUUAGGGCUAUGCACAGAAUUCUAGUCCUGGUUCUGUUGCUGGUUUCUUUACCUGAGUGAUGAGCAUGAUUCUCAGGAAUGGCCAAUAGUUAGAGAGUUGGGACUCAACUGUGCUUCCCACUUGUGCAGGGCAUCAUAGGCACAGUCAGAUUGGAGAGAUCUCUUAGAAAGUGAGCCCUUGAAGAGCAAAUGUGCAGAAGAAAGGUGACCUGAAGACUGAAGUAAUGCUAGAUGUGUGUGCUAUACUUUUAAUGGCAAACCUGAAAAUGAGAUUGGUAUGAAGCUGUGGAAGAGCUACUGUCAAACAUGAAACCACUGCACAAAGAGCUACUUGCGCUGAAGAGAAUGCUGUUUCUCCUUCUGAGAUAUUCUUUAGGCUUAGGUGAUGACUAGGAAGAAUAUACAAGCAGACUCCAUCACUUUCACUCCUCUCUCCAAAGGUUAUUUCAUAUUUGCUUAAGAAUACACUAAAUGUAUAGCUACAGUGUAGAGUUAAACUGGAUGUUAUUACAUAUUCUUUGGAUCUUCUCCACCGAGAGAGCUGUAGAUGUAAACAAACAGAAGCCAAUUCUUCUGUUGUCACUCGUAUAGCAAACACACCCAGCUAAACACUAUGAUUUAUGUGCACAUUUUCUUGGCAUUUAGUGCCACAAUAUGCAGUCAGACUCACUCCCAUGUAAAUAUGUUUUAAGAUUUCAGACAUACACAUGUCACUUUUGUUCCAGAGGAUAUUUGCCCUUUCAGUUUUCAGGGCUUUGCAUCCAGCAACUCAUUUACUUGCUACUAUGAUGGUUUCCCAACCCAGCUACCCAGAGGAAGUUUGGUGUGAACAGUGUCAGAUGGUGAAAGUUUUUCUUAGUCUUUCUUCCUUUCCAUACUACUAGCUCAGAUCUGCAAUCUCUUUUGCUGUAAUUAAACAAGAGUCAACAAUU